UUCGCCAGAGGCGGCUGGAAGCUCCAAGUUCUCACCUGCCCAGGUGUCCGCGGCCCUCGGGGAGCCACCCUGGCCUGGCACCUAGGGGUGGGGUCCCCGAAGUCCCAUUGCGGUGGGCGCAGAGGCUGCUGCCAGAGCGUACCCUCCUUUCCCUUUCGCGAGACGCUGGGUGCCGGCGGGGGCAGACACCUGCCAGACGCCUCUAAUCCCCUUAGGGCGCCACGCCCGCCGCGCGCGGCUUGGGAAUAAGUGAGCGCAGGGCGCGCAGGUGAAGCUCCGGCUCCGGCUGCGAGCCGCGGAGCCGCCAGUUUGCGCGCAGGGCCCCGGCAACCGCGCGGCCAUGGCCUCAACGCGGGUCAUCGGCACCUUCGUGGUGUGGGACUACGUAGUGUUCGCCGGGAUGCUGCUCAUCUCGGCCGUCAUCGGCAUCUACUACGCCUUCGCGGGGCGCGGCCAGAAGACCUCCAAGGACUUCUUGAUGGGCGGCCGCAGGAUGACCGCCGUGCCCGUGGCGAUGUCCCUCACCGCCAGCUUCAUGUCGGCUGUCACCGUCCUGGGCACCCCCUCCGAGGUCUACCGUUUUGGGGCCAUAUUCAGCAUCUUUGCCAUCACCUACUUCUUUGUGGUGGUCCUCAGCGCGGAGGUCUUCCUCCCGGUAUUCUACAAACUGGAAAUUACCAGCACCUACGAGUAUUUAGGACUUCGAUUUAACAAAUAUGUUCGUCUCUGUGGAACAAUCCUCUUCAUUGUUCAAACAAUUUUGUAUACUGGAAUUGUUAUUUAUGCCCCUGCCCUGGCUUUGAAUCAAGUCACAGGAUUCGAUCUUUGGGGUGCUGUAGUGGCUACUGGUGUGGUCUGCACAUUCUACUGCACCAUGGGUGGUCUUAAAGCGGUUAUCUGGACGGAUGUUUUUCAAGUUGGGAUCAUGGUGGCUGGAUUUGCAUCUGUGAUUAUACAGGCUUCGUUGACUCAAGGUGGAAUCAACACUAUUCUAAAUGAUGCCUAUAAUGGAGGAAGAUUAAACUUCUGGAAUUUUGAUCCUAACCCUUUGCAAAGACACACAUUCUGGACGAUUGUCAUAGGCGGGACCUUCACAUGGACCAGCGUCUAUGGAGUCAACCAGUCCCAAGUGCAGAGAUAUAUUUCCUGUAAAAGCAGAUUCCAGGCAAAAAUGUCUCUCUACAUCAAUCUUUUGGCACUCUGGUUGAUCUUGGCCUGCACGGUGCUAUGUGGGCUCAGCCUGUAUUCCAGAUACCAUGACUGUGAUCCUUGGACAGCCAAGAAAGUGUCUGCACCAGACCAGCUCAUGCCUUAUUUGGUACUGGACAUUCUGCAAGAUUAUCCGGGACUUCCUGGACUUUUUGUGGCCUGUGCUUACAGUGGAACAUUAAGCACAGUGUCCUCCAGUAUUAAUGCCUUAGCAGCAGUAACUGUGGAAGACCUAGUCAAACCUUGCUUCCCAUCUCUCUCAGAAAGGUCUCUCUUUUGGAUUUCCCAAGGAAUGAGUGUGCUGUUUGGAGCUUUGUGUAUUGGAAUGGCUGCACUGGCAUCACUAAUGGGAGCUUUGUUGCAGGCAGCACUCAGCAUAUUUGGCAUGGUUGGGGGACCACUUCUGGGCUUAUUUGCUUUGGGGAUUUUGGUUCCCUUUGCCAACUCAAUAGGAGCACUUGUGGGUCUGCUGGCUGGAUUUGCCAUUUCUUUGUGGGUUGGAAUUGGAGCUCAACUUUAUCCUCCACUUCCUGAGAGAACUAUGCCAUUAAGCCUUGAAACCUACGGCUGUAACAGCACAUACAAUGGGACAGAUUGGAUGACAACCACAGAAAUGCCAUCUUCUACCAGUGCUUUUCAAGUAUACAACAUUGAAAGGACUCCACUGAUGGAUAACUGGUAUUCUUUAUCGUAUCUAUACUUCAGUACUGUUGGAACCUUGUUAACGAUAUUUGUGGGAAUGCUUAUCAGUUUACCAACAGGAGGAAGAAAACAAAACAUAGACCGCAGAUUCCUACUAACCAAAGAGGACUUUUUAUCCAAUUUUGACAUUUUUAAGAAAAAGAAGCAAGUGUUAGACUAUAAACCUCAUCCAACAGAAGAUGGUGGAACUGAUAACCCUGGCUUCAACCAUGUUGAAUUGAACUCCACAGAUCAAAGUGGCAAGACCAAUGGGACUCGUUUGUGAAGUAGCUGUGAUGCUAAAUUAUCUUAAACAGUGUCCCAGUUUUAUAUGUUUUUUAAGAUAAUUGGAUCAGGUUUAGAUUUUUUUUUGUCCUAUCAUGAGUGUUUUGGGGGAACUUUGGGGGGAUACAUUUUUGUUAAAGCAAAUUUUGACUUUUACUUUCUAUACUCAUUAAUUGAUGCUACUCUGCAGGUAAGAGUUUCAGCAUCAGUAUUUUCCUCUAUCUCUCUACUAUUAUUUCAGUGAAGCUGUAGUUGUGAAAGUUGUGAAAGUUUUGAAAGCUGUGACUACAUAUGUGCUGAAAAGCUAAUACACACAUACUCGAUGGUCAAAAGCAUAUUCUUAAAUUAGGGCAUCAUUAAAAAUAUUUCCUUGCAUUUGGUGCUAGCA